UUGUUAUUUUGCUAUGUGAUUGGAUCUGUUUCGCUUCUUCUUCUGGAAAAAAUUGUAACUUUAAGUAAGUUUUGAGAAGAUAAAUUAAGGGAAAAUGAAUUAAAUGAAGUGGGUAUAUGUUUGUAUUGAGAUCCUAGGAUUAAAUUUUGGUGGAUUUAAGUUCCACUGUGCUACGAUCUUGUUCUGGAAUAUUGCUUGAAAUAAAGAUGACUAAUUUUAUCUUGUGGGUAGAUUUCGUUUGUGAAUAUUUGAUUUUAUCAUAUUUUGGGUUGCUAUGGAUAUAUCAUGGCUUUCUAUUGGUAUAAGUUUCAGAUGCAUAUGUUGAUAAUGAGUGCAUAAGUUCAACGAAAUUAAGUAGUCAACAUUAUGGUCUAAGUUGAUUAUGAAUCAUUUGGUAGUUUAAAGGGCAUUGCACUUAAGAUAAGGGAAACCAUGUGAGUUUGCAGUUCAUGGGAAAAAAUCUACUUUUUUAAUAAGCAAUGUUUCAUGUCAAAAAUAUCUUAUAAAUGGCAGACUGGUGCACUAAGCUUAGGCAGGUUCUGGGAAGGGCGAGGCUACAUUGGAUUUAUUGUACGCAUUCUUACUUUUCAUUUCUGCAAGAGGAUAAGGGAACCCAUUGAGUUUGCAGUUCAUGGAAAAAAUCUAUCUUUUUUUGAUAAGCAAUGCUUCAUGACAAAAAUAGCUUAUAAAGGGCAGGCCGGUGCACUAAGCUUAGCUGGGUUCGUGGAAGAGCGAGGCUACAUUGAAUCUAUUAUAUGCAUUCUUAUCUUUCAUUUCCGCAAGAGGUUAUUUCCACGGCUUGAACUUGUGACCUCAAUCCUCACACGACAAUAACUCUUACCAUUGCGCCAAAGACUACCCCAGCUUAUACUGAACUAAAAUACCACUGUGCCUUUCCCUAACAAACUAAUGUCAAGAAAACACCUUCACUUAUAUGCGGGAAUGAGUGUCCUUGGAAGUUACUUUUUACUUAAAUUUAUGCCCGAAACAUUUUCAUUUCCUUCCAACUUGGUUCCUAGUCUGUGAAGCGUGAAAGUUCAGGAGGAAGAUUGACGAAGCUGAGGGUUUUCAAUUCUGGACAGGUGAAUCGAUGGAUGCUUUGCGUUCAGCAGAUAUGAAUUCUGACCCUGGUGGUUUUGAAUGCAAUAUCUGCUUUGAGUUAGCUCAAGAUCCUAUAGUCACUCUUUGUGGCCACCUUUAUUGUUGGCCAUGUCUUUACGAAUGGUUGCAAGUUCAUUCACAUUCCUACGAGUGCCCAGUAUGUAAGGCUCUCGUAGAAGAGCACAAGUUGGUUCCGAUAUAUGGACGAGGCAAAUCAAGUUCUGACCCAAGAUCUCGGUUAGUACCUGGGAUCAAUAUCCCUAAGCGUCCAAUGGGACAGAGACCUCAAACUGCUCCAGCUGUAGAUAUGGACUAUCUCCGACAUGAUGAAUUGGAUCCCAUAGGGGGGUUCAGGCCCGUGCCCAUGCCCAUGCCCAUGCCAAGUGCAAGGUUUGGAAACUCGAUGUUAUCUGAUCUUUUUGGAGCUAUUCCAGCUUUUUUUAACCUUCAUGUACAUGGAUUUCAUGAUGCCACUGUUUAUGGGGCGACUACAGGAGUCCCUUACCUCUUUUCCGGUUCCUUUCACGGGGGUUAUGCUCAUGGUUUCCAUUACUCUAACCACCUAGACGGAACAAAAUUCUUUAUGAAGAUGCUUUUCUUGAUCAUCGGUUUCCUCUUAAUCAUUUCCCUAAUUUCAUAAGGCCUGAAGUGUUAUAGAUUAACGAUGUGUAAUCGUUAAUCAUACAAGUGUAUGUAUCCUAGUGUGCUAGACCUACAUAUGUGUAGUAAACCAGGUGCAACUCUCCUGCACAUUAUUAUUAGUUAGGAUUAGGUAUGUACUUAGCACCAGAAUCUGCACCAAGUUUUUCUCUUAAUAAAAAGCUGGUGGAGCUUCUUCUUCUUCAAAUUGUUCUGUAACUAUUUAACAAGAGGGUGAUGUUUGGGCCUGAUAUUUGAGUGAAUUCUUGAUUCAUAUCCA